AUGUAUUCGUGUCGAGGACAUGAUGGGGAGUUGGGUAGUUCGGUACCAAUAGAGCGAGGAUCAUAUCUGGACGGCACUCCAGACGGAUAUACCAAGCACCCGGGGUCUAGUUCGCCUUUUGGGGGCCCAUCCCACAGCAGGACGCAGAACACAGACACUCGAGACGCCCGUCACCAUGGCAACCAGCACAGUUACAGUUCCAACACCCACUACAGCCCCGGCACGACACCGGGGACCAGCAGUUCACAUACCAACACAUACGACAGCAGCAGUACACACGCACCGACACCCACACGGGAAAAUAGUAGUAACCAUGACAACAGGCAGGCAUAUGCCAACCCACACUCCCGGCGCGCGCCCCCUAGCAAUACGCUUGCACACACCCGGUCGGACGGACCCGGCUACCUUGGCAACCAGCACCCCAACACGCGGACGGGGAAGAAAAACGGUAUAGGAGACAGCCACAGCCGGGCUUCACUGGAGCACAAUGUCUCGAACUUCGGGCCACAAGGGCACGCGUAUGGCUCUGAGCAAGCCCAAGCACAGUCACGCGCACAGGGACUGUCGCACACGCAGUCGCAGGGCACCAACGGCCGAGGGUAUGAGCGAGCGAUAGAGCGAGAGAGAGAUGGUGAGUGGGGAGCCUCACAGGCGCAUACAGGCACACACGCACAGGCACAUGCACAGGCACAGACACAGACGCGUAUGGCUGAGAGGUCCCGAGGUCAAAGUGGCGUAGAGAGAGAUGCGGAUGGGCUGAGGAGAGGCUCAGCUGCACGCACACACUCCGACGAGUAUCGGGAGAGCGCGGGGUCGUACGAGCCAGAGGGUAGACGCAUGUACUAUCCGGGUGAGAGUCCGGAUGUGACUGGCAGGGACCGUUCGCUUGUGGUAUGUACUUUCGCCUGCUAUAGUCGACGGAGCUCGUCUCCAGGCGUAUGUUUUGAGGGUCAGCUGGGCACAAGCGUCCCCAUUGAGAUUGGGGGGAACUAUCCAGAGCCGUCUCACCGCAAGAACUCCGUUCCCUUCAACGGGCGACUCAACUCUCUGCGAUCGGUCGGAACUGCGCCCGCAAUGAGGGAUGACCUCAUACGCACUGCAGAGCCACAACUGUCGUUUGGGGUAUCCCCAGAACCCAAAGACGACAUGGGUGGAUUCCUACAGCAAUUGGAUGCGUCGCAAAACACUAUGCUUUUCCAGAACGAUACUUCCUCAUCGGUG